AUGCAGAACCUGCGGCGCGGAUGCCUGCAGCUGGUCGGCCCCUCUCGCCUCGUCGCAACGGCACUACGCAGCGGCGCAACUGAUGUGCCAUGCUUGCGCCUGUGGACAACCGCUCGAGGAAGCGGCUAUGCGCAAGCCCGUCGGUCGAGCGGCAUUUGCGGCUUGGAGGGCCGAAACGCGGGGCUGCGAUCAUGCGUCAAUUCCUCCAAGUUGCCCAUCGGUGCGCCUCGCGGUGGGAGGGUAUUCUCCGCGUCUUCGGGAGGGGCUGGAGGUGGAGGUGGGAUUUCUAAAACUUUGGGUGGCGGCGGUGGCGGGGGAGGGGAAGGUGGCGGGGGCGUGAGUGCUUGGGUGGCGGGCGUGUGGGCGGCAUACCUGCGGCAGCUGGAGAUCAGGCCUGUGAUCACCAAAAUGUGGACCUCCGGGCUGUUGAAUGGAUUUGGGGACGCGUUGUGCCAGGGCAUGUUCAAUGGGGAUUCGAAAUUUGACUUCCAUCGGUUUGUCGUGUUCACGGGUCUCGGCGUGUUCCUGGUGGGGCCCGCUCUGCACUAUUGGUACACAGCUCUAACCAAGAUAUUCACGGUGCCGGGAACCAAGGGCGUGCUUGGAUCUCUGGCCCUUGACCAGCUCGCCUUUGCGCCGACCUUCUGUGGAGUCUUUAUUUCCAUUUUGAUGACGCUGGAGGGACAGACAGCGCAAAUUCCUGCCAAAUUGAAGCAGGAUUGGUUCAACACUGUUGUGAUGAACUGGAAGAUCUGGGUGCCUGCUCAGCUCUUUAACUUCUGGCUUGUACCGCCAACUCUUAGGGUGCUGUGCGCAAACAUUACUGCUCUGGUGUGGAACGUGUACCUCUCGUUUGCAAGCCACAUAGCAGUGGAGGAGACUAAGUGA